AUAUAAACACACAGUGCACUUCCACACCUACAGCUAAAGGCUAAAAUACAAGGAAUCUCCACAUUUUUCAUACACAACAUCUGUCUCUCUUGCUGGAGCUUCACAAAUUUUGUUCUCUUUCAUAGGUUUUGCCGCCUUCUCUCUCUCUAAAAUUUUCCAAUUCUUUAUAGCUCUUCAAGAAACAGUGAAAAGAUUCAAGAUUUGCUGCAAUGGCUGUGAUUCCUCUUGCAGCGUAGUUUAGCUGAUUGGGUUCGUGUGCUGCCCUGGUGUUUGGAUCGGAUAUUGAGCUCGGGUCAUGGCUUCAUCACUCGUGAAGUUAAACAAAAUGAAGAGGAUGGAGUCGAAGAAGUCUCACUCGUGGUGGUGGGAUAGCCACGUCAGUCCUAAGAACUCGAAGUGGCUUCAAGAAAAUCUCGACGACAUGGAUGCAAAUGUGAAGAGGAUGUUGAAACUGAUAGAAGAGGAUGCCGAUUCCUUUGCGAAGAAGGCUGAAUUGUAUUUCAAGAAGCGGCCCGAGUUGGUCAGUCUCGUUGAGGAGUUUUAUCGAAUGUAUCGUGCGUUGGCUGAGCGGUAUGAUCACGUGACGGGUGAGCUCAAGAAGAACAUUCCCUCGGAUCUUCGUUCUCAGGGCUCCGGGGUCUCUGAUGUAGGUUCUGAGCCACCUUCGACCGGGCCCUCGCCUGACACAAAGCCCGCUCGCACCAAAUCCGGACCUCGUGCUGCUGGAUUCGAGUUUUUUCUCGGGAGCAACGGAAGUGGCUCGGACUUGAAUAGCAAGGAAGGUGACGAGUCUUCGACGCUGGAUUCUGAAUCGGAGUCGGAUGAUUCCUCCGUCAAUAACUACUCCAGCACGCAGAGCAACAGCGAGGAGGUGGGGUCGCGGAGGAGGGUUGUCGAGCUCGAAGCUGAGCUUCACGAGGUGAGAGAGAAGCUUCGUGUGCAGAUGGAAGAGAUCUCCAAUGGUAAGCAGUGCAGCCAUGAGUGUUCCGAGAUCAAUCUAGCGAAAUUAUCAGCGUACGAAGACGAGUUGAGAGUUGCGAAAGAGAGUAUGGAAGCGUCGAAAGAAGAAAUAACGCGCCUCAAGAUCGAGCUUCAAAAGUACGAAUCUCUUGGAGAUUCGGACGACGUCCUUUCUAGUGGAGUCGUGGUAGAGAAAGAGUCGGAAACGCAAGAAUCGGGCAUAGUGUUGGAGCAAGAUCAGGAGAGCGAGCUUCAAGAAAACAACGUUGGCUCGGAAGGCGAAGUCGGGUUGGAGCAUAAAAUUCGGAGACUCGAGCAGGAGCUUAGAAGUGCGGAGAAGAAGCUUCGUGAGUCGGAAGAAGAAGUAGCGAGCCUAAGGCGGGAGCUCACGAGCAAGGGCUCGUCCGUGCAGAAUCUCCAGGAUCAGCUGAAAUCGGCACAGAAGGAGGUCGCGGUCUGGAAAAACAAAGUCGAGCGAGAGAAACGCGACGCUGCAAGGCUACAGGACCGCAUAGUGAGGUACAAGACGAAUCUCUCCGAACGCGAUCAGGAAAUCCGGGGGCUGAAGGAGUCGAUAGGGAACGCGAACAAGGCCCUAGCCGAAGAAAACGAGCACCUUCAAGCGGAGAUGACGCGGAUGACGAAAGAACGGGCGUAUUUGGAGGAUAGCCUCAAGGAAAUCGAUCUACGAUGCCAAUCGUUGGAAGAUGACUUGAGGCGAGUGAAGUCCGCCAAAGACGAGGCAGAGGCCGUGCUCGGAGCUCAGAUCGAGCUGCUAAAAGCCGACAUUGCCGAGAGAGACAACUGCGUCGAAGAGCUCAAUAGAAACCUCGACGCGUGGAAGGUGAAGCACGACACGUUGGAGGCUGCCAGGGACGAGCUGAACGCCAAGGUCGCCGCGCUCGGUGCAGAGAUCAGCUCGAGAGACGAGCAUCUGCACGAGCUGCAUCUGCAGCACGUCCAGCUCAUUAUUAACGUGGAGGAGGCCCGUAAGUCCGCGGAGGAUCUGCGCUCGAGAGUCGCGGAGCUCGAGAUCGACGUGGAGAGGAAGCAAGAGGCGAUUCUCCAAGGGGCAGAGGAGAAACGGGAGGCGAUAAGGCAACUCUGCUUCUCGAUCGAGCACUAUCGCAGCGGAUAUCACCAGCUCCGAGAGGCUGUCACCGGACAACACCGGUUGGCCGUGACAGCGAGAUAGGCGUACGUCAGCCGUGACGGCGCAGUGAUGCGUACGUGAAGCGACGUCGUUCUUGCUAUAUGAUGUUUGAGAGUAUUGCUGCUUUUUGAUCAGACGAUUUCCACAGCUCUUUGUAAUACUAUUGAGUUUUUUUUUUCUUUUUUCUUGAGAGAAUAAACGAUUUGUUUAGAUUCAAGAAAGUUCAAUCUAAAAUCCUCCCUGCAUUGUAUA